CAAAAGCAAUGAAAUAGAGAGAUAAGAUGAGCAACGAAAGAAUGAAUAAUGUAAUCAUUCUUCAUCUUCUCCUUCUCUUUGUUCUAACCAUAGUUUCACAAGCUAGCCAUGCCCACUACUCCUUAGGUAAAGAGAAGGUCACACACUUUCACUUCUUCUUCCGAGAAAGACCGAGUGGAGACCACCCUACUACUGUGUUGGUUGCCAAGCCUAAAGACACCAUAAUGAAUGCCUCUAAUCCUUUGCCAUUUGGGGCAGUGUAUGUCCUUGAUGUACCUCUCACUGAAGGAUUAGACCCAAACUCAAAGGUGGUAGGGCAAGCUCAAGGACUUGCAGUGUCUGUAGGGCAGGACAAGCUUAUGGUUGCCUUCAUGGUGGACUGUGGGUUCACUUCCGGUGAGUUUAAUGGUAGUUCUAUUAGUGCGUUUUCAAGAAACCCUAUAUUGGAAACAAAUCACAGGGAAAUUGCUAUUGUUGGUGGCCGUGGGAAGUUUAGAAUGGCACGUGGGUUUGCUGAGCUACAUACAGUGACUGCAACCGCCAAUGUUGUUGUUGUUGAGUAUAAUGUUACUAUUUUUCAUUAUGAGUAAUUGUGAGAGUGAUGAUCAUCAGAGUUUAUUAAAUAUGUGUUUCCUUGAAUAAACUCAAUGCUGGAAUAUUGUUUUUCUCAUUAUGAAUGAGAGAGAUAUUCAAUCUUGGAAGUUUUUAUUUUUGUCAA